UCGUCCUUGACCGACCAGUUACGAGGAGAGUGUCUUAUUUUUGCUGAUAUUACAACAUUAUUGCGCCACAUAUUUGUUUCUCUGAUAUAUAACUAACUGAGUAACUAACAGUGAGAACUGAGAAGUGAGUUCGAACGCACUUGCGAGUUGGAACUGAAGAUCACUUUGGUUUCUUUGAUUUCCUAAAACGUGAUGUCAAACAGCACCAAGCGACGCCAUGUUCCUCCAACACAAUCCGACACCGUUUUCCGCAUCACAUGUCCCGCCUCCAAAUCCGAUGACAUACUCACACUUUCCACCGACGGAGUCAAGAUUCUAAUUGAACACUACACCGGAGACGCCACCUCCGACGAUGACCGCAUGGUUGUUAUCAUCUCCCCCGCCGCCGAACAACUUCCUGAAGAAUCCGCUGCGCAACUUGCUUUGAUUAGGGUUUUUGAGAGAAUUGUGGAGAAGGAUGAGGAGAAUAAGAGUUUGAAUUCGAAUUCGAGUUCGAACUCGAAUUCGACGGUGGGGUGUAGAUUGGUAGCACCUAGUUAUCAGGUUAGAUGUGUGCUUGGUAGAGGUGGUAAGAUGAUUGAAAAGAUUAGGCAAGAAAGUGGAGCUCAGAUUAGGGUUUUGCCUAAAGACCAAUCUCCGAUUCCUCCACCUGGAGAUGAGUUCAUUCAGAUAACUGGAAAUUAUAAUGCAGUGAAGAAAGCCCUUCUUGCAGUUACGAGUUGUCUUCAGGAUAAUGUAGGCAAUUCUGGUUCAUUAAAAUCGCCUGGUGGUGCUCAGGUUGAACCUUAUUCUCAACGGGGUCCCCGUCCUCUUGAUCAUUAUUCCAGAGGUUAUUCAUCAUUUCCAGGCUCUGAGAGUGUUGGGCCUUCUCAUAGACUGUUUGUGGAAGAGGAGGUUGUCUUUAAGAUGUUGUGUCAGCAUGACAAAGUUGGUAGUCUUAUUGGAAAAGGCGGUUCUAUGGUGCGGGCUCUACAGAACGAAACCGGUGCGUCUAUACAAAUAGUUGAUGCAGGACCCGAUACAGAUGAACGUGUGGUCGUCAUAUCUGCACUAGAGAAUUCUGAACAAAAGCAUUCUCCGACUCAAGAUGCUGUAUUUCGCGUUCAUGGUCGACUUACAGAGAUUGGAUUUGAGCAGAGUAAUGCAGUUGUUGCUAGGCUCCUUGUGCGUUCACCACAAGUAGGGUGCCUCUUGGGCAAGGGAGGUCAUGUUAUUUCAGAAAUGCGAAGAGCUACAGGUGCCAGUAUACGCAUCUUUUCGAAGGAACAGAUUAAGUUCAUUUCCCACAACGAAGAAGUUGUACAGGUUAUCGGGACCUUACAAUCUGUGCAAGAUGCUUUGUUUCACAUAACCAGCCGAAUUCGAGAAACUAUUUUCCCAAUGAAGAACACUCCUCCAAAUUUUAGUGCGCCGCCACAUGUGCCACCAUUCCCAGAGACGCCCCCUCCUUUACAUAGGCCAAGAAAUCACAUGAUGCCUUCUGGGCACCCUCCUCCGCCUCCUCAUGUUGGACUUCCUCAUGGGAUUGACCAUCCAGCUGGCCCCGCCAUGCCUGUUGAUCAUCAUCAGCAUGCAUAUUCACAUGGUAUGGGCCGCGGUCCGCCAAAUAUGGACCGAGUUCCCUAUCCUCAUGGCUAUGAAGGACCUAAUUCUCCAAGAUCAUGGAAUCCUCAGGCACCUAGCAGAGGAAAUCCAGGGGCAACAGCUGGAAUGAAUGGCUCAACCGUUGAGAUCACCAUCCCUCAUAUAUAUUUAAUCCAUGUGUACGGGGAGAACAGCAGCAACCUAAAUCAAAUUCGACAGAUCUCUGGUGCAAAUGUGGUUGUUCAUGAUCCAAAACCUGGUGCUACAGAAGGGCAGGUGAUUGUAUCAGGAACCCAAGAUCAAAUUCACUCUGCUCAGUGCCUAACUCAAGGCUUUAUUUUAUGUGGACAGACUGCAACUUAAGUCUGCAGUUUUAGAGUCUAAACAAAAGGUUUUGAGAUUGUUGUAACUUGUAUCAUUAUAUUUAUAUUAUAUUAAGGAAGUCAUGCCAUUGUGUGAA